UUAUGUUGUUCUUGCGAAUCGGACAUUUACGAAGCACUGUUUGUUCAAGUGAUGGAUAUCAUCAGGAUAAACGUUCGUGGGACGGAGUUCUUAACAUAUCGUUCGACGAUCCUUAACCUCCCGGAGUCGACGCUCGCUGAGGCCCUGAGCACGAAGAGCCACUAUGAGAGCAGUGUCGGUGCUUAUUUUUUCGAUAGGAGUGCGGAGUGCUUCAGCAUCAUUCUAAAGGCACACCAGAAGAAGGAGUUGCACAUAACAGACGAAGUGUGCAUGAUAGACAUGGCCGAGGAGUUAGAAUACUGGAGGAUACCCCUAACUGUCGUCGCCCCUUGUUGUAUGGGGAAAAUCAACGUAGCGCUACUGGAAAAAGACAGGGCGAAGGCUGUUCGGGAAGAGAUAAUGUAUGACUGUGAUAAAAGUUUGGAAAUUUUGAGAAAGCGAACGGGAUGGCAGAUUUAUCGUAUACGGCUGUGGAUGUUUAUGCAGAUUCCUGUGUAUUCAGGUUUGGCAAAGGCGUGGUCAUUGCUGAUGGCAGGUGUUUUGGUCGGAUCCUUGUUUACGUUCGCGGCACACUUUGACAAAGGCGCCAGCUCGAAGGGUGCGAGCGCCGACAUCAGUGAACGGCAGGUCGUCAAGAUGAUCAACACAACAAAGUGGAGAAACAUGUGGAUGGAACUUCCGAAUAACAAUGUACUGGUUGUCGACGGUUUAUUGAACGGAAUCAUUUUGGCUGAUUUCAUUACACGUUUCAUUCUCUGUCCGUACAAAUGCCAAUUUAUACGAUAUUUCUUCACAAUACUCGACAUUGUUGUGCUGACAGCGUUCUGGGCUGGCGGGAUAAUUUUUGUCCUCACAUACUACGGGAAGGAGACACAGAACCAAACGUCUGUGAUACAGUGGAUUUGGCUGGCAUCGCUUGUUUUACAGAUCAUGCGCCCAUUCCGGCUUUUUGGGCUGGCUAAGAAUUUUGUCGGCCUCCGUGUACUGCUCCUUGUGCUGAGAAAGAGCUUUUACGAUUUAUUGACUGUUUUGAUAUUCUUUGGAAUCGGCAUGAUUCUUUUCGCAUUCCUUAUAUUCGCUGCUGAAAUUAGUGUGGAAGGAACAUUCAAAGACGUAUGGGAGGGGUGUUGGUGGUCUAUCAUCACAAUGACUACAGUAGGGUACGGCGACAUGCACCCGAGGGCCUGGCCCGGUUACUUCGUUGCAAUGUGCUGUGCAUUCUCGGGUGUCAUCAUCACCGGACUUUCUAUUCCAAUACUUAGCACUAAUUUCAGUAGUUAUUAUCGCCAUGUUCACACUGCUAUGCUGGAUGUAGAAAAGUGCUGUGCGGCGGUACGGCAUGGGGAGGCAGUGGCACCCGGACCAGUGACACGUCAGCAGGCUGUGGUGAAGAGAGCAUACUGAAGACCAUAGGCUGUACUUCUGCAAAUGUAUUGGCAAAUGCAAACAACGGAAUAAUUAAACCUUAAUUCUAUGUCGAUAGAUUUAUAUCGUUGUAUUAAGCAAAACGUUUUGGUCACGCCAAUAUUGAUUGCGGCAUUUAAAGACAAGGUACACACAGCGCCCGAAAUCAGUCAUGGUGAAGCAAAGGCGAUGGUACCCAUGCAGCUGAGCGGCCGAUUACCUAAGCCGCUGUCGCCUCUUAUGAUCCUUCCGCCGACAAACAGGCGGUUCCCUCACAGAGUAUACCGGCGAACGACGGCGAUGAUUGAUAUGAUUACAGCAACGUUUUAGAGAAACCGACAAAGCAGUUAUGGUUCUCCCGACCACCGAUUGAAGUUCAAGGCAUACUGAACAGUGGCGUCCGCAUGGUAGAGCAAAUUUCAUGCUUGAAAGCGAGGCCAUGCCACCGGGAAUUAAGAGGCGGAUCACGGAUACUCGCUAGACUAUGACACAGUUAUAUAACCUGUGAAAAACUUAUCUUUUUCAUAAGGAUAUGAGCACUGUCUUGCUGAUAAAAAGAAUAAACGAUAUAGGACUUGCAUUUGCUUUCAGUUUAUUUUAAGUUUGCAGUUUUUACUUGGUUUUUGCCUUUUGGUCUUUUUAAUCGAACGUACUCGUUAAAAGCAAGCUGUU